AUGAAGCAUUAUGUGCAUAGAGAUGUUAUUUGUGAGAAAAAAAUUUAUUUCUCUGCCCAUAGAGUUUUCGGGGUCAUUAAGAAUAUUGAGGAUAGAGGGUGGUUGGGAUCUUUAACUGGAUUUGAUGGUUUUGUCCCUUGGGUUGUUCAGGAAUUCUAUGCUAAUCUUAAUGAUGAAUUGUUUGAUAGCAAGUCUUUUAUGUUUAGUCAAGUUUAUGUUUGGGGUCAUUGGUAUUUGUUUAGUGCUGCUAAAAUUGCCAAGGUUCUAAAUGUGCCUUUUGUUGUUACCAAUGAUGCGGUGGAUUUCAACAAAGAUACGGUUUUAUCUGAAUUGGUGGGACAUAAUAUGGUUUGGGAACAACACUUGGUUCUCAAAGUGACUGAUCUUACUCAUUACUAUGUCGUGCUUCACAAAGUUGCCAUCAACAACUGGAUUCCCAUCACUCAUACAUCCACCAUUACCUUUGACACGACCUUCUUUCUGUUCAAAGUCGGGAUUGGUCUCCAAGUUGAUCUUGCUACUCUAAUUUUUAAUCAAAUCACUGCCUUAGGAAAUGCCAGAAAGAAAGGUCAAUAUUUGGUGUUUCCUCAUUUGAUCUACAAGUUUCUUGAUUCUCAAAAGCCUCUCCGAUUGGAAUAUGAAAUCGUGACACCUCCCACUGCCGGUGUAGAUUACAAACUCAAGAAGGAAUCCUCAUCUGCCAAGACGACUAAAGGGAUUGCUCUCAAGGCUGGCAAUGUUGAUUAUGUCAUCACUAAACUCGCUGGUGUCAAGACCACUUUGGAAACUGUUCAGACAGAUGUUCACAGUCUCUAG